GGCGCACUGUGUACAACUGACGAGUUGUUGCCCGCGUUCGGGGCGUGUGAGAGCUAAUAGCUAAUAUAUUUCGACAGAAACCCCAACCUGAUAGCUUAAUUAAGUUCACUUUAGUAAGGCUACCGGCAGGAAAACGACUGGAAAAUGUAAACUUCCGUUCGAGUGGAUGUGGAGUUGCCAGCGGCGUUUGUCACGUUGUGCUGUACGUGACCGCGUUCGAUGACGACACAGCUUGAUGACGUCAGACGUAAUCAGUCUGUGGAUUGAUUGGCUAACACAUCCUUACGUCUGUGAAUACAAAACGCCCUAAAUAUAUAUAACAAUUAGAUUUUUUUUUGUUUUUGUUUUUGUUUGACCAAAGUAUCUGAAAUGGAUUCCGGCGAAAGGAUAAAGCAGAAAGCAGGCCACACAGUGGGUUGUUCUACUGACAAACAAGAGCAUUCAUUUGCUCUUGAAAUCUCCUUCCCCCUCUGCGGGCCAGUAACAUGACAAUAAAGUCCUGCUGCCAAGGACCCCCAAGUUGCUAAGUAACAAUGCCAAACAAGAGGAAACUUGCAUUUGUAGUGUGCAGCAUUGGAAACCUUGCAUCCCUGAGCUUUCCUCUCGGUUUUGAGGAGUACAAUCAGCAGGAGAUGCAGCUGUUGGUGUGCAGUUAAAACGGACCACAAUCUCGUCGCUUUGAUAACGGGAAUACAAGAAUAUGCACCAUGGCCAAAAGGAAAGGACCCACCGGGACAAAGGUGACCCUUAAGGAUGCCAAGAAGGCCUUACGGAUGAAGCCCGACGGCUGGCGGAGACUUACGCUUAGCAACAUGGGCAUAACCAUCUUCCCGCAGUGUCUCUUCAAGCUGACUAACAUGGACGAGUUGGAUCUCAGCCGCAACGAGAUUAAAAAACUGCCAGAAGGAAUCGGGAAGCUGUCGUCCCUCAGAUGGUUGGACAUGCACAGCAACAAGCUGGAGUCUGUGCCCGAGUCCAUCGGUCAACUGGUGGGCUUGAACUAUCUCAACCUCUGUAACAAUCGUCUAACCUCGACAGGUUUACCCUCAACGCUGGCUUCCCUUACCAAGUUGAAGAGUCUAAAUCUGGGAUUGAACAAGCUGAAUGCCUUGCUUCCUACUAUGGUCGCUCUCGAGAGUCUCCAAGAGUUAGCCCUAUUUGAUAAUCUCUUCACCAGGCUACCAGAGUUUGUCAAAACGCUAGGCAAUCUGACUAGAGUGAAUAUACAAAGAAAUCCCUUGCUUAAAGUUGUGGAGGACGGCGAGGAGAUGGAAACUGAAAAGUCUGACGACGAGGACAAUGUGUUCCUCGUUCAUGAGAGCAGACUAUGUAAUUUGUGCUUCAAAAAAUGUAAAGACCCCAGGGGAAAUCAUCUGAAAGUAGACUGUGUGAGGUCAAGGUUUGAAGAGAUGAGGUCUUAUUCAGGACUGGUAACACCAAACUCGGUGGCCGCAGUCAAUCAGGACGUGUGGCGAGUCAGAAGCUAGAACGUAGUAUGUUAUUUUUUUAUUUGGUAGCUGCAUGUUUUUGUGACCAUCCAGGUCAUGGUUCAGAAACCAUCGCUAAACAGAGCGGGGGUAUGCCACACCACCUACUCCCCACAUGCAAUGCUUUCCUUUUAUCCCUCCCGAAGAGAUUCAAUAUUUUAGCCUCUUAUAAACCACAUACACAAAACUGCUACCUUUGGUUUCAGGUGACCAUUGCUACAACUGAAUGGAAUGCUAACAAGGGCGGUUCAACCCGAGCUACUGUUGCAGAGGGUCACGCCAAUGUAUCUUAACAACUGUCGUUUUUGCCCCACAACAGAGCAAAGCCAUUCUUGUCGGGACAUCUAGGUACAUGUCCCUACCUUAAUGGAUUAAUACGUUGGAUCCAGCACCAUCCUUUCAAACUAGAGCUGUCCUAUUGAAGUCUGAAAGCAUGAACUGAUGAAGCAUGCUCGACUUCUAAGACACACUAAACAGUGGAUGAAUGUUUUUGAGUAUCUCUUACAUAAGCUCAUGAAUAAAACAAGAACGAAAACUGUCUCAAUACAUUGACAUUAGAUUAUCAUGAUACCUACCUGGCAUUAGCAAUGACAUCAGCAACUCCUCUGCCUUUUAAUGACGAAACCACCUUGCACAACCUGCAAGAGGCAGAUCUGAGGUCAGUUCACUGUCUACUUUCUUUCUAUAUUUGUUCUUGUAAGUAUUACUAUACCUUUUAUAUGCAGAGACAUGAUCUUUAUUUAUGAACACCAAGAAAGCCGAGUGACCAUUUUUCAUGAAGACCUCAAUGGCAUUGUCCUAGGAAACAGAAACAGUCUUUGAUUUGAAAGUACUACCGGUAACUUUAAAGACAAUUCUAAGACAUAGCUAACAACUGUUCAAUAAUGCAAGUUUUGCAUUUGAAAACUAGAAAUCUAAAGCGUUGUUUACCAAACUUUAUUAUUAAAACAAAUACCUUGAUACUGCUCAUACAACUUGGUUUAGGAUAGUCAAAAUACACUCAAACCUCAAUUAUUGUUCCCCCCAUCUUUCGUAUGAUUAGCUUUUCAAUGACAAUUUUCGCCAAAAUUUUGUCUUUGUUUACCGUCUCGGCCAAACAUUGCUUCGAACAAAAAAGUUCAUUUGCCUGCAUAUCAUUCCGCAGAAAUCGGGUUCUCAAAGCAUCCAACACGUGUGCUUAUUUUAUUGAGAGUGAUUGCUAAAUAAGCCACUAUGGGGCCAAAUAAAGUUACAAAGGCCAAUAAUUUAAUUAAAAAGGUGAGGAACACUAUUGGAUUUAAGAAAUAACUUGUAGCAAAGUAUGAAGGUGAUGUUCCCAUGGCCACAUUUCCUCCUUCUGUAUU